CUUGAGUGAAAAUAUAUUUAUAGUGGUCUGCAUACAGUUGAAUCAUUUAAAAACAUAUACAUUUUGAAUGGUAGAAAGAUUAGACUUUAUAAUUGUCCCCCAUUUGCGGAUCGUUUACCGCGCUUGUUAACUCUUCGGUCGUGUCGGCCUCUGUCGCACAGCCGCUCGAGCAGGCAAUGCACUCACACACCACGGCAGUUCGACCGAUUUACGCAUCGCGUGCGAGCUAACGCUUCUCGUGACAGAUGCUUCGCAGGCAAAUGCCGCCUUCAUUGCAGGAACUUUACGAGGCAGCACGGGCGCAAUCUCUCCCAGUUCUCUACACGCGAAGGAUGUGUUGUUCCUCGCUUUGAAACGGUGGGUCAGCACUCCAACAUUGAGUUUUGUCGUGUACAAUACUUGCGGGAGUUUGUGUAAAAAUGUUUUGAUCUCGUAUUGUUUUCUGCAACCGCAGCGCUAUGUUGGUGUGUGAUUGUCGUUUGAAAGGGUGUGCGUGAUGCCGUGCCAGCACACGUCAGAAUGAGCGGCUGUAGGCACGCGACCGGAUCUGUAGGAUUUUGCUUAAUAAGGACGUUUCUUGGCUUGAAAGGCUUGGUCCAUUCAGCUUACUGAUCUGUACCGUUGGUUGUCCAAUAGAUUUAUUAUCUAUUCUGUUGUUUUCUAUUCUGCAUUUUUAUUAUAGGCCUAUUAUGUUUUUUUCCUGUUGUGUUCUAUUCUGUUCUAUUCAUUAUAUGAAAUUAUUUUCUAUUACUAUGCAGCCCCUUAAUAUAAUGAGCUGGUUGUUGGAAAUGUCAUUAUUUUAGCCAGUCAAGUGACUCUAAUAGUCUAUAACCUUAAAUGCAUUAAAAAAUGUCCAACAGUGCUUUAUUUUCUUAUUAUGUAGCAGGCUAGAAUUUGUUCUUGUGGGAAAACGUAACACACUUUGUAAAAACUCUUCAGCACCUUAUAGGCUAUAAAUCUGUAGUCUGAUACGAGUAAUAGUUGUCACAUGUAAGGUCAUAUUAAUAGUAGUACUAUGUAAACCAGUGUCCCGUUAUCUCGCCGUCUACUACGGAUCAUAUCCACUGCCCAUCGAGUAGGAUGGAGGUGGAGAAGGAGGACGAGGAGAAGAAGAGGGAGGACGAGGACAUCCAGAAAACUCAAGUUAAUCUGCAACUUCAUCCAGGCCUCCACAGGCUGAACGAUGACAUGAGCACCACAGUCUUGGCAAUACAGGCGCACCAUGGAUCCUAUGACUCCACCCAAGGAGAGGAAAUAGAAUAUGGCUACCCGAUCACCUGUGGAGACAGCAGAGCAGUCCUGCUCUUCAAGAAGUUUGUGUGUCCUGGAAUCAACGUUAGGUGUGUGAAGUUCCAUGAUCAGCUCAUCAGCCCCAAGCAGUUUGCCCACCUGGCCGGGAAGGCCACCCUCAAGGACUGGAAGAGGGCCAUCAGGGUAGGGGGUGUAAUGUUGAGGAAAAUGAUGCAUUCCGGCCAGAUUGAUUUCUACCAGCACGACACUGUGUGUACCAACACCUGCCGCAGCACUAAGUUUGAUGUGGUGGUCGACGGUACUGGGCUCUCCCCAGGACGCCCCGGGCAGCGUCCCCCCUCCACCACGGCCCCCCAGGGUCUGAGAGCACAGCCGGGGCCCCUGCAAGGAGACAUUGUUCAUGGUAUAUACCCGGCUGUGGAGCAGAAGUUCACCAUGACUUCCGAGUUGAGUUCUGGUCUGCUUCUCCCUGCGAGUCCACCCAACAGACUGAUCAACAGAAGGAAGAGGCUUCAUGCACCUGAUGGUGUUUGGAGCUUCUGGAAGGCCGUGGCAAACAGUGGGCUGAUGAGCAAGGUCCUGUCCAGCAUCCAGACCCAGCUGGAGGCCGCUCUCACAGGCCUGGACCUCCGCAUGAGAGAAGCUCAACUCCAGGCCAGAGAGGCCACGAUGCUCCACUCCCUUUGUGAGAUGCUUGGGCUGCUUGACUCGGUGGAGAACGCUCUGGACCAGAGACAUGCAGAGACAGACCAACAGAAUCUGGACCGGAGACGAGGAGAGACAGACCACCAGAGUCUGGAGCAGAGAGGAAGCCACCCAGAAGACAGCCUGACUCACAACCCGCUCUGUGUCUCCGGCCCGAAGACAGGGGACCAGGAGAGGUGUUUUGAGGAGGCUGUCUCCAACCUAGACGUGUCUUCAAAGCGGAUGCUGGGACAGCACCAUCCCCCCAGCCGGGCUCAGACCCCCCACCGCGCUUCGCCCGGGGUCCCCACCAAGCGCAUCAUCGGGUCUCUCCUGGACCCAGGAGCCCCGCCGCAAGACCUGGACCGGCUGACCCCCAAGCCCCUCUCCCACAUCGCCCUCUCCCUCCCCAGGGUGCGGCGCCACACCGCGGGGGUCAUACACAGGGUGGGGAGGGGGGGCGGAGACGGACAGAUGGCCGCACUGGGGGGAGGGUACGAGGGCACGGAGAGGGGUAGGGUUCUGAGCAGUCCACCGAGGGAAGGGAAUGGAGAGAAACAUGGCACAGCAGGGGGCCACAGAGAUGCCGCCGUGAAACCUACGUCGGGGAAGGACGGCCACGUCUUCCGGAGGAGGGAGCCAGAGUCCUGGGAGAGGGGUCAUGGAGACGGAGACGGAGCUGCAGCGAGGAAACGGGCGUCAAAGAAACAGAAAAGGCAGCGAUGACCGUCGACGUGAAGGGGUGUGUGUAGCGGUGUGUGUGGGGGCCGGGAGCGCAUGUUCGGAUAACAUAGGCACUAGGACACCUUGUAGGGCUGCUCUUUCCCUCAAACAGACUGGCAGAAGAGAUGGUUUCUCUCUUGUUGUGGUAUUCUUUUUUAAAUUAUAACAGAUUUUAUAGAGUAAAAACUACAUUAAGUUAAACUCCGGAAAAUGUAGCAAAAGAUCCCUUUUAUGUCCUUUGUUAUAAUUUAUUCAACAACACAAGAAGUCCAGAUUAAGGUUUUUGCUUCAUUAUUGCAAAUUGUGGAUAGCAAUACAUUAUGGUAUUUUUUAUCUUUAUUUUAAAUGAAGGUCUUUAUAGGGGUUUAUUAAUAUACUGUUGUUUAUAUAAACUAAAAGAAAUUAACCUAAGUAAUAACCUUACCUCCAUAUGCAGCUAUAUUUGUAAAUUAUGUGAGAUUAUGCUGAUGUCUUUCCCCAAUUGUAGUAUUCACCCUUUAUUUCUUAUUUUACUAUCUCUAUUUGAUUCAAAUGGAAGCCUAUAUAAAGUAGAGGAAACAUUUAAAUCUUAAUUUAAGUUUUUGAUUUAAUUUGACUAAGGGAAUAAUAUAAUGUGUAAUUUGUUUGUAAGCUUGACCUAAUGUACCUAUGCACCCAGCACUUACUGCCAACUUCUACAGUUAAGGGUUACAAUCAGCAGACGUGUUCAGUACUCUACGAGGACCAGCGAAGGUGCUCUUGUCUGAAUCAGGGAAACUUUUACACUACUUGACUUUAGGCACCAGACGGUUAUUUACCUUGUCUUUGCUAUUAAACCUUGAAUAUAAAAUAUGUUCUGUAUAGUUGCUAUACCAGAUUAAAUUGCAACAAUAAAUGACCAA